AUGAAUAAUAAUGUAGUUUAGAGAUAAAAAACAUCAAGGACUCCUGGAAAUAUUGCAUCUCGUAUUAUCUUUUAGAUAUAUCUGCUUUUACUCAAUCUUACUUUAAUGUCAUUUUCAAUCGUUAGUUAUAUGAUAAUUAUAGAUGCCUAAGAUUAUUUGCAUAAUAUCAAUCAUAAUUGGAGUUUAUUGCCAGUUAAAUCGAUUAGAUAUACUCAAGAUGAUUGCUUAUAAAAUGUAAGUAUUCAAUUUAUGAAAGGAAGAAUAUAUAAAUCAUUACAUAUGGCCUGGCAUAGAAUAAGGUUGCGAUUGUAGAUUUGUCGAUUAAUACAUUACUCCAAGGAGGAUGUUAUUUGAUAGAACUAACGAAUUAUUCAAAUAAGAGUGUAAUAAUACGAUGAGGGAAGCAGGGUGUAAAGAUAUUAACGAAAUGAGUUCUAGAGACUUUAAAAUAUUACCAGUUGAAUCUGGUACUAAGAAAUUAAAACUUUGUGGUUUAAGGGAAUAAGGAAAUAACAGUUUUGCAUUGAAUUCACCAAAAGAAAAUGAAUGUAAAGAAAAUGAAUUAAAAUGUGGAACAAUAUCUGAUUAUUUUUUUUGUACUAGAGAAAAUGAAUGUCCGAUUUUUGAGAUUAAAAAUCAUUCUAAUGUUGAAAGUGGAACUUAGGAGUAUUUUUAGAUUUUUAGAGAAAAUUAAUGGACAUUACCUUUGGUUGAAUUUAAGAUUGCUUAAGGGGAUGGCGUUUGCAGAAAAGUUAAUGAUAGAAGUAUUACACCAGGAAGACCUAAUUAUGAAUUGAUUUCAGAUCCUGGACUUGAAUGCGACAGAGAUCCAAGAUUUCAAUUAAUAUAUAAAUUUAAUGAAUUGGAUUUCUUUUAAGCUAACGAUGCUUUAGAUAUUGCAAAAGAAGCACCGGGCUAUGAAAUAUCAAGCUAAUAUGAAUGGGGUUAUAUACAAUUAGUAUUAUUAUAGGUUUAUAUGGAAGACAUUACAUCAAUUUUAGUCUGACUUGCAGAAGAGAUUAUUAACAAGAGUUAAUGGAUUCUCCAGAUUAAUUUGAUGAUAUUGAAAGUUUGCAAUACAUUUUAAUGAUUAUCUCAAUCAUUUGUGUAGGCGUCACCAUUUUGAUGUUUACUUUAAAUUGUUGCACAAUGUGCGGGGCUGAUUUAUUUUGCAUAAAAGGUAAAGGAACUGAAGAAUCUAAUACUUUGUUUUAUAUUUAAUUUUUUUUUAAGGAAUCAGCUUAAAUAGCCAAUGCAGUUAUAAUAAUUACUACUUUUACUCCAAUUCAAAAAUAGGUGGAUUUGUUCAAUUAAUUAAUUGAUGAUGUUUGUUCCGAUAAUGUUACACUAGUAAAAUUAAAAAAUAUUAUAGGAUGAAUUUUAAAAGAUUUUAGAUCUAUUAAUAACAUCAACUUACAUCUUUGAUUUUCUAUAUUUUAUCCUAUUUUUUGUUGGAGUUUUUAUUGAUAUUCUAAUUGGAAUGUUCCUUGCUUAUAAAUAUAUAUAGGAAAGAAAACGAUUAAAUGAGCAACGUAAAUAACAAGAUCCGAGUAUAUUUUUUUAAUAAAUCAAUUAGAUAAUUAAGGUUAAAAUAAUCCGGGAGUCUACAAUCCAUGUCCGUAAAUUUAAAAUUAUCAAAUUCAAGCAGAUCCUUUUAAUCCACGUUAAUAGAAUGACAUAUAAAUUAAAGUAUGAAUAUAAUUUUUAAUUUAAGUGA